AUGGCCCUGAGGAGGCUGGGGACUGGGACCCCCCCUGAGGGCCCUAUUGUGGGCCAUCAAGAUGAUGUCAAUCCCCAGCAACCACAGACCCGCUAUGACAGCCACCAGAUUGAUGAGUCCGUGCCAAUCAAGAUGGCUGCAAAUGCUGAAUUACUCACACCAGAGCUUCCUGGAGAUUCAUUCGUCGACAACAUGACGCAGGGAGCAAGACGAGCGGUCAAGCGACGUGGAGCCGAAGCAGACAAACUCUGCAUCACACGCUGA